CGUUAGUUCUCAUCAAGAGCUCCACGUGCAAAUGGAACUUAAAAAAAUGAAACCUUUAAAAGACGACGCUGCCGAAUCGGAAUCCCCUCCAGAAACGGGGGCCCGGAAGCGCCGCAACCCGUUUAACACACAGAGGCUCAAGGAAGAGAAGGAGCGCCGCCAGAAAAAGCGAGCGCGUCUCAUCGUUCGCAACAUCAGUUACAAGUCCACGGAGGAUUCGCUUCGCGAGCAUUUUGGGCAGUGGGGCACGCUGGAGGAUGUGCACAUCCUGAAACGCGGUGACGGGAAGCUGGUGGGCUGCGCCUUUGUGCAGUACGAGACCAUUAACCAGGCCACCAAAGCGAUCCUAAACUCCAACGGCAAGGAGCUGCUCGGGAGAAAGGUAUUUGUGGACUGGGCUUUGGGCAAAGACGAGUAUGUAUCAAAGAACCUGAAAGACGAGGAGCCGGAUGAGAAGAAGCCAAAGGUGGAAGUGAAAGAGGAAAACGGCGACGAGAAGGAAGUCAAGGAGGAAAGCGACCCGGAAGUUGGCAAGGAAGACGAAAGUUCUGGAGAGGAUUCUGAUGCGGAAUCCGGCGAGGAUGAAGAGGACGCUGAAGAAUCUGAAGACGAAGAGAACGACGAAGACCAUAAGGAGAACAAGGACGAAUUAAAAUCAAAAUUGGAUAUCGAAAAUGUCAAAAGGGAAAAGCAAAUCUCCAACGACGUCCAGGAGGGCUGCACGGUCUUCAUUAAAAACGUUCCCUUCGAUGCAGAAGAUGCCGACUUGAGAAAGGCGUGCCGCAAGUUCGGCUUGGUGAGCUACGCCAUUAUCAAUCGCCAGGCGGUUUCUGGACACUCCAAGGGUACAGCCUUCGUUAAGUUUAAGGCCAAGGAGUCAGCGGAUCUUUGUCUGCAAGCUGGAACAGAGUUUAAGUUGAUGGAUGAGGUCCUGGAUCCUCAUCCCGCAUUGAGUCGCGAGGAAAUGAAGUCGAAGCAGUCGCAGGAAAACAAAAAAGACGAUGCCAAGGACUCACGAAACCUGUAUUUGGCCAGGGAAGGUCUUAUCAUGGCUGGAGCGAAGGCAGCCGAUGGCGUUUCUGCCUCAGACAUGGCCAAGCGACAUGAACUUGAGCAGGUUAAGACGCAGGUGCUCAAGAACUUGAAUCGGUUUGUUUCCCGCAAUCGCUUGUCCAUUCACAAUCUCCCCCAAAACUACGACAAUGAAAAGCUGAAACAAAUGGCUCUGACUUACACUGGCUUCCGACCCCACGAAUGCCGGGUGAUGAGGGAACAUAAGGUGACCCCUGAGCAUCCGCAGGGCAAGUCCAAGGGCUUUGGUUUCCUAUCCUUUGACACACAUCAGAGAGCUUUGGCCGCCCUACGGAAACUAAACAACAACCCCAAUAUCUUUGGAACACAGAGCCGCCCCAUUGUCGCGUUCAGUAUAGAGGAUCGUGCUGUGCACAAAAUCAAAGAAAAGCGCACGGAGCGCUCAAAGCAGAACAAUCCCACAUACCAAAACAAACAGCAGGAGCGCAAGGAGCGACGCCAGCAAAAGCGCAAUGGUCAGAACACCAAAACUCCGGUUCCCCAGGCAGAUAAUAAAAGCAAACUUCAGAAACAUAUUAAGAAGCUUGAAGCUUCGCGAGCAGCCAAAGCGGAGGGUAAAGUCGCGGAGAAAAAGCAGCUGAGCGAUGUGCAGGGCGAUUUUGUCGGCACGGCAGCCAAGCCGGGCACCUCGCUGAAGAUGCGAUCCAAAAAGAAGAUUGUGGAGCAGGCCAAGGAACACUUGAAGAAGGUGAAGACCGAGAAGCGCAAGCAGAAGAACAAGAAGAUACGCGAGUCCCACCUGGCAGAGCGCAAGGCUAAUAAUCGGCCCAAGCAGGGACGCAAGAAGGAAACGGAUGACCUUCGGCCCCUAAUUAAUAAGUACAAGAACAUGAUUAGUGGAAAUCAAGGAGGUGGCGGUGUUACGGGAGGUAAAAUUAAGAAGCCUAAGCGUACCAAGUGGUACACGGAGUAGCGCUCCCUCUUCUAGGAUAAGAAAAAUCUUUUUAGCAAUAAAACUGUAAAGGAGAAAAUCGAUACAGGUAACUAGCGGGAAAA